AGACACAAUACACGGAGGACAGGCGCGCUGAUCUGCAGAGAAUAAAGACGAGUUGAUCAGCCAUGGUGAAAGGAGACGUGAACAAACCCAAGGGGAAGACGUCGGCGUAUGCGUUCUUCGUGCAGACAUGUCGCGAUGAACACAAACGCAAGAGUCCCGACGUGCCCGUCAACUUCUCUGAGUUCUCCAAGAAGUGCUCUGAGAGAUGGAAGUCUCUGAACGCCUCCGACAAGGUCAAGUUUGAGGACAUGGCCAAAGCGGAUAAAGUUCGCUAUGAUCGGGAGAUGAAGACGUACGUGCCGCCCAAGGGUGUGGGAAAGACUGGCAGGAAGAAGAAGGACCCGAAUGCCCCUAAACGCCCACCAUCUGCAUUCUUCGUCUUCUGCUCGGAGUAUCGGCCCACAGUGAAGAGCGAACACCCCAAUCUGACCAUCGGAGAAAUUGCCAAGAAACUGGGAGAGUUGUGGUCAAAGCAGAGCAGCAAAGACCGCGCACCGUUCGAGCAGAAGGCUGGUAAACUGCGCGAGAAGUAUGAAAAGGAGGUGGCAGCAUAUCGUGCAGGAGGCGGAGCCUCUAAGAGGGGGCCGGGCCGACCGACGGGUUCAGUUAAGAAAAGCCAAGCGGAGGCAGAUGAUGACGAUGAUGAAGACGAGGAUGAGGAGGACGAGGAAGAUGAUGAGGAAGAGGAGGAUGAAGAUGACGAGUAGAGCGUGACUUAGCUCCACUGAGCGGCGGUUAUCGGGGGGUUUUCACUAUGUACAUGUUUAACAAUACAGCAAUAAAAAAAAGUUUGUUUUUGUUUGUUUCUUUUUAGACUUGUUGUUAUUUUUGUACACGCCUAGCGGUUGAUUGUAGACAUUCUUCUUUUUUUAUAAUAAAAUUUUAAUUGGUUUGA